GGAGGCACGGCCAACGUGGUUGGAGGCGGGGCUAGGAGGGCUUCAAGUCUGAGAGACCUACAGGCACCGCGACCGUCUGGGGGCGUGGCCAACCAUGCGGGAGGCGGGGCCUUGGUGCUGGACAUCAGGCUGUGCUGCCGGCAGCCUGUGAGAAGGCCGUGAAGAUGGCGGCCUCCUGGAGGCUAGGUUGUGAUCCGCAAUUGCUGCGUUAUCUUGUGGGCUUCCCUGGCCGCCGAAGCGUAGGGCUGGUGAAGGGGGCUCUUGGGUGGUCUGUAAGCCGCGGAGCUAAUUGGAGAUGGUUUCACAGCACGCAGUGGCUUCGGGGUGAUCCCAUUAAGAUACUAAUGCCAUCACUGUCUCCUACAAUGGAAGAAGGAAACAUUGUGAAAUGGCUGAAAAAGGAAGGUGAAGCAGUGAGUGCUGGAGAUGCAUUAUGUGAAAUUGAGACUGACAAAGCUGUGGUUACCUUAGAUGCAAGCGAUGAUGGAAUCUUGGCCAAAAUCGUGGUUGAAGAAGGAAGUAAAAAUAUACGGCUAGGUUCACUAAUUGGUUUGAUAGUAGAAGAAGGAGAAGAUUGGAAACAUGUUGAAAUUCCCAAAGACGUAGGUCCUCCACCACCAGUUUCAAAACCAUCAGAGUCUCGCCCCUCACCAGAACCACAGAUUUCCAUCCCUGUCAAGAAGGAACACAUACCUGGGACACUACAGUUCCGUUUAAGUCCAGCUGCCCGCAGUAUUCUGGAAAAACACUCACUGGAUGCUAGCCAGGGCACAGCCACUGGCCCUCGGGGGAUAUUCACUAAAGAGGAUGCUCUCAAACUUGUCCAGUUGAAACAGACGGGCAAGAUUACCGAGUCCAGACCAACUCCAGCCCCCGCAGCCACUCCCACAGCACCGUCGCCCCUACAGGCCACAGCUGGGCCAUCUUAUCCCCGGCCUGUGAUCCCACCAGUAUCAACUCCUGGACAACCCAAUGCAGUGGGCACAUUCACUGAAAUCCCUGCCAGCAAUAUUCGAAGAGUUAUUGCCAAGAGAUUAACUGAAUCUAAAAGUACUGUACCUCAUGCAUAUGCUACUGCUGACUGUGACCUUGGAGCUGUUUUAAAAGUUAGGCAAGAUCUGGUCAAAGAUGACAUUAAAGUAUCAGUAAAUGAUUUCAUCAUCAAGGCAGCAGCUGUUACCCUUAAACAAAUGCCAGAUGUUAAUGUAAGCUGGGAUGGAGAGGGCCCAAAGCAACUGCCAUUUAUUGACAUUUCAGUGGCUGUGGCAACAGAUAAAGGCUUACUUACACCAAUCAUAAAAGAUGCUGCUGCUAAGGGUAUCCAGGAAAUUGCUGACUCUGUAAAGGCUCUAUCAAAGAAAGCAAGAGAUGGAAAAUUGUUGCCUGAAGAAUACCAAGGAGGAUCUUUUAGAUGUGCGAUUUGGGGCGUGGAGUGUCAAAGGAAGAGAACUGGGGGAAUUCUUGACCUGGCUGGGCUCUUCUUUGGCCCCAGCUCGCCGUUCAUCCUUCACCUCCCUCCCAUCCUGGCUGCUCACAUUCCUACGUGAUAAGAAGGUGGAGGCUCAGGAAGGUGGAGUGACUUUCUACUACUAAAGAACUAGCAGGAAAGUAUUUCAAAUUCAAGUCUCAUGACCCUAAAUGUAGGGUAUUUCCCAGUGGCUCAUGGUAAUUGAGUUCCUUAAAAAUGAGCCACUGCUGUCUGAGGCCUGAAACCACAGGACUUACUGAUGUGGCUGCAAGCUGCAGCUCUAUGCCAGAAAGGGGACAAGCUAAGGAGAAGAGGAACCACAUUUGCACUGGCGGAACUCAGCAUGUCUCACGCAUGCUGAAUGUUUACGUGUGUUCCCCACUUGGUAUCCAUAGCAACUGGCAGAGGUGCAAAAAUGCUUCAUUGGUAUUUGUAAGAGGAUGAGAAGAAAGCCCUCCAAGAUCCUCUUUCUCCCAGUGGGCAGGGCUAUUUCCAUCCGUGGCUUCGUGACUUCUCCCAGCAGCCGUUUGGCAUGAGGAUUUCAAACAGCAGGGAGCCAGUGAGUCCACCGGAUAGGUAUUUGAAAUGUGCUGAAUGGAAAGCCCUCAUCUCCUGCUCCCUCUUCCAGGCAAUUAUUCAUGGAGUCAGGAGAGGAUUCUGUUAUUCAAGGAGUCCCCAUAGUAAGGGGCUGAGAGAUUGUGGUUUCUAGUCUUUAACCACAACAUUUAAGGCGUGGCUCCAUUUUUCUUAUAAUUUCCAAGUGUACAUCAUUACCUAAUUCUCCCUGAAGAAUCGAAAUUGCUUUAUGAUGCAUAUGUAUUAGUGAUGUGAGCUGAGAUUCUGAGCCAGCAAACAUCUUUCUCAGAAACCUCCCUCUUGUUCUCCUCUCCCAUGUUGCCCCUUGAAGUUACUCCUUCUACCAGAGAUGCUCAAAGGUUCUUGGUCAGAAAGUCUAUAUUGCAGCAAUUAAAACUGGGGUUCAACUCAACAUAUGUGUAGCAGAAUAUUUUAUCUCUCAGCAUCUCAAUUUGUGACUUAAAUGAUUCAUGAGAUUUAGUUUGUUAGUGCAUUAUGGUCGAAAGCACCUUUCUAAGUGCUUUGAGAGAAACAAGAAUAAAAGCAUUCCUAACCGCACCCUGCCCCCUGCAAUCUCACCAAGGAUCUUACAAAACCCAUUUAGCUAAGCUCUUAUAUAGCAUUGAACCAAUCAUUGCACACUCAGCAUGUGACCAACACAUAUACUGAAGCCCACUUGAAAAACUGAGCACCUAUGCAAGUUUCCCAGGCAGGGCUAGAUUCACGGGCAGGUAACCAGUGCAGUUGCACAGGGAUCUCUGCUCAGAAGGCCUUGCUUGGGGUUUAAUGCACAAUUCUUAAUUUAUCUUUCAAUGUGUAUUUUGUAAGAGGAGUCUCAUGGGACAAGGGAGCUGACUCGUGGUCCUGCCUCCUACCCACCCUCUGUUUGGGCCCUUAGUGUCCCAGGCUCCACUCUACCUACUCCCCACCGUCUGCUCCAUGACACUUGCUACCCUUCCCUGAGGGUGGCUACUAGGUCAGGUUGGCAGACAGGGAGGCAACAUUCUGCCCACACCCUCUUCAGGGGCCUGGGAGCAGUUGUGGGAAGAGGCUCUGCUGGGUAUGCACACUAUGGCAUCCUGGGAAAGAGCAUGGCAGUGUUGUCACUACCCUGGGCUGGCAGCACGGUGGUAUAUUUGGAAGGCAACUGGAUGGGGCCUUCUCACCCACUCCCAUCCAGGUAACAGGUGUGUCCUGGUGUGGAGGUUGCAAUCCCUUGGUAGGGGCACUGUAGAUUGAGGAGAGACAGGCUGUAGGAAUGAGAUACUAACUUACCUGCCAUGGCUAGGCCUCAUUUUCACUUUGCACUUAGGUCCCACAAUUAUGUAGCCAGCUCUGGUCCUGGACCAAAUGGCCUCUAGUGACUCCCUCUUUCCAAUCUAAGCAGGUCUUGCACAACUGUCAUGAAUGAAGCCAAUUCUGAUUUCCUAUCAGUUCAAUUUUUUAAAAAUUGCAUUCUGUUCCUCAGAAUCCAUUCCAACCAUAAAAACAUGAAAAAUUGAUUUUGAUCUCAGUAUAACAUCACCUCAUAAAUAUAUUUGAUAUAAUCACAAUCUUUAGAACUUGCUGUCUGUAUAAAAUGGGUUUCAUACCUCAGCUCUUAAAGGCACUUGUUUAUUAUGGAAAAUCAAGCACAAUGUAAAAUUUACAUCGUAAAUAUGGCUUAUGAGGGAUUUUCCUGCAGAGACAGGACUGACUGAAGCUUUGUUCUCUAAACUUGGGCAAACAUUUUACAUGUUGAAAAGUAUCAUUUUGAUGAUUUCUUUUCAACACUGUUCCAGUUUUCGAAGGAAGAAUUAUAAAUAACAAGGCAUGAGAUUUCCCCCAAAGGUAUAUUUUUAGCAAUUUAAUACCUGGUAAAUUUUUCUUUCUUUUUGCUCAACAGCUAGGCGACUGCAUAGGAGGUUGGUCCAAGCCAACACACAUUCAUUGGACAUCUGCCAUGAUGUGAGCCAAACCCUGGGCCCCAGGACGUAUGGAAAAUAUACAGACAAAUUAGAAGGUCCCUGCCCUUAAAAAGCAUCUAAGACCCUCAGUUGCUGAAUAGACAUAAAUCUGUAGCUGCUGAAGGAGAUGGCCAAGAGCUGGAAGGAGGCUGGCAGGCAUUGCUUGUGCCUUACUCCUCUCUGAGCACCAUAUUGUCAGCAGAAGAGGCCGCUUGGCCCAGGCUGACUGUGGACAGGUCUUGAUUACUUGAGGUCCACUGGGAGUUGCUGUCUGCAGCCUGACACAUAGAACGCCUUGCUUUCUCUUCUCUGUCUGUUAUAAAAGUUGCUUUUGGAAAAGCACCAUUUCUUGGGUCAGCAUGAAGAUUACCCUUGUGGUGGAUGCUGGAAAUAUUAACUAUUAUUAACAAAUAUUACUUAGGGCUUGCUAUAGGUGAGGCACCAUGCUGGAUUCCAGGCCUGUGGUCCCUGCUCUCAGGGCAUCAUGGUAAAUUGGAAAAGAUAUGUAAGCAAAUGACUAAAGUGUGUAUGGAACUUGGCACUGGGGAAGUGACAGUCAAAAGUCAGUUAAAUCUCAGCUUUGACUUCAGCUGGCAUAGUGAUUUUGAUCAAUGCCUGCAAAUUCUCUGGGCUCUGGUUUCUUUAUUUGUAAAAUGUAUGUGUGGCUGAGGAGAAAGAACUUGUCUAUCUGGUCUCCAAGUUGACUUUUCUGUUAAAAUUCCCUGACUCUUCAAGCCUCCUAGAAAUAAUCAGCACCCCAUAGGCAAGCUUCCCUUUGACCUGUGUAUUAGUUUUCUAGGGCUGCCAUAGAAAGUACAGCAAACAGGGCACCUGUAGUCCC